UCUUACUUUUUCUAAACUCCAUGCAACUCCUCCUCUCAUUUCUCCCCCACCCCCACCGCACGGUCCUGUUUCUACCUGACGGGAGAGUUUUUCAGACGCAACAAGUUCUGAUAAUCCUAUGAUGUACAUAUUAUAUUGUUCUUCUUUUUUCACCCUUUUUUGUCCUAAACUUAAGUAGAAGUAUCCUUCGCAAUCUGGAUGCCAGACACGACUCAGUACUGGAGCCUGGAGGGCUGUUUUUCAUCAGAGCAGUUAAUCGGGAAUAACAAGGGCGAAAAGCGAAGAAAAGAAGCUGCGUGUUGUUUUCUUUAUGCUACUACGAGAAGUCAUGUCGCGCUAUUUCCCCACGAUCAUCUGUUGUUUGGCGAUAAUAUCUGCGCUCCUGCUGACCAGAGAAACGAACAGUCUCCAGGUGAUUGAUGGAAGUGUGACAGUGGUUCAAGGAGGCACUGCUAUCUUACCGUGCCAAAUCAUCCACACUGAUGAUGAUUUGACGCAGAUUACCUGGCAGAGGACAACCAGAGAAAAACCUCAUAAUGACAAUUUUAUCACUGUCCAACCAAGGGAAGGACCACGGUUUGUCAAUGGACAGGAUGAUCGAUUUAAAUAUAUCGGGAAUUUUAACAACAAAAAUGGAACCCUCCAGUUAUCCAGUGUUGCACUGAAGGAUGAAGGCAGAUACACGUGCAUCUUCACAUUGUUUCCAAGUGGAAAUCAGAAGACUGAGAUACUUCUUAAAGUGAUUGUGCCUCCUUUCACACACAUCAAGGACAACCUUCCGACUUUGGGCACAGAAGAGGUUUUAUUAGCUACCUGCACGGCUGCUGGAUCGAAGCCUCCUGCUGAGGUGAGGUGGCUCACUGGUGCUUUGGGAGACAAAGUGAGGACGACAACAAACUCCAUCAAGUAUGACAACGGUACGACUACCACAGUCAGCUCUCUGUUUGGUGUACCUAUGAGAGAGAUUAAUGGUCACCAGGUCCAGUGUGUCAUCAGCGGUGACUCCCUGACUAAAGAAGAAACCCUGCCCUUCAGCAUACAGGUCUACUUCUCUCCCACAGAAGUGAACAUUACAGUGAUUUCAGAGGACUCAUUUGAGUGUUUGACAGAAGCCAACCCAAGUGCAAACUUUAUCUGGAGCAGAUCUGGAGAGUCUUUGCUGCAGUCUGCUGUCAGAGUGGAGGGUGCAAAACUACAACUGCUGAGUCUAAACUCCGAUCUAAAUGGCCUCUAUCAGUGUGAAGCAUCUAAUGCUUAUGGAAGUAAACACGGUUGGCUCCAUGUGCAUGUGGCAUCAGGAGCAUGCUCUGCUGCUUGGGCCUUAUUUCUUGUUUUGCUUUUCCUGAGUGUCGUGGGGACGGCAGCAUGGUGCUUUUAUAAAUCUGGACAUUUUCAAAGGUGCUCAGAAUAAUAACUCUGCAUACACCUAAUAUGUAGUAUAAUAUGUAGGACGUCAGAUAUAAAAGUAUAUACACACAUAAUGAACAGCUUAUACUGGGAAUUUUUGGGAAGUUAAAACAAAAAAAAAAUAUUGCAGUUGUGCAGAUUCUCAGGUUUAAUUCAGUCAGUUGGUUGUUUUAGGGUUUGUCUUUAAUUCCCGUUAACGUUAAUUCCCUCAAAAACAUCUAAAGCAGUUUUGUAAAUGAAAUAGGUAAAAGGUAUGGAGAAGAUUGCAACUGUGACAUUUGCAACUAGAAGCUCCCAACAUGUGAUCAAAGGAGCUCCCAGUGUAAGUCAAACAAGCUGUAUCAAAAGACAUGAGUCAAAGAGAGCUCAGGAACAUUGGGAGUGGUACAUUCUUUGAAUAGCAAAGUGUAUUAGUUGGCUCAGUAACAACAAAAGAAGUUCAGGCUUUAUAUAGAAAGGAAAUUUAUUAAAAAAAGACAGACUAGUUAUGUAACAGCUUUCUUUCUAUUAAUGAAGCAGAUGGAAAAACAACAAGCAUUAAAAUUACGGGAAGAAAAUUAAUGGAAAAUGAU